CAGAAAGAGAGAGAUGGAGAGGGCAGAUGAAACGGGAGAAAGAAGGAGUAUAGGGGAAUUAAGAUCAUCGGCGGCAGCAGCAGAAGCAGGGCUAAUCAGACGACGGAGAACAAGCAAUCAGGCACCAGUAGAAGUAUGGCCAACAAUCGAUGGACCUUUAGGAUUAACUGAAGAAGAGUCGUUGAGUUAUGCUCGUAACUUCUUCAAAUUUGGAUUUCUUUUGCUUCCAUGGCUUUGGGAUGUUAAUUGCUUCUAUUUCUGGCCUGUUCUCACUACUUCUUCCUUCCCUCGUAUUCGCCAGUAUGUAUUCAGAUCAGCAGUUGGAUUUUCAAUAUUCACUGUGCUGCUUUCUUCCUGGGCUCUCACAUUUGCGAUUGGAGGAGAGCAUCUAUUUGGCCCUGUGUGGGAAAGUCUUGUCAUGUACAAUGUUGCUGAGAAAUAUGGUCUCACGUCUUGGAGCUAGUCAAUCACUUACAUCUUCCCACUAACGAUUCCAUCUUGCAUGCUGAAACAUCACUUUUCUGUGUAUAGUAGUAGGUUUCUUUGAGAAAGGCAGUGGCUUCCCUUUUUCUAUUACCAGUAUAUGUCUGGGUGUCUAUCUAUAGUCUGUUAUUUUGGGUGUAGUAAUCCUGGUGUUUAACCAGUAUAUGUCUGGGUGUCUAUCUUUAGUCUGUUAUUUUGGGUGUAGUAAUCCUGGUGUUUAACCCGAUAUGUGCAACUCUAUAUGUAUAGAGUCGUCUUGAUUCUUAAUGAUCACCCAUUUAUUAACUCUUAAUACAACUCUCUAUGAGGGUAUCAGAUUAUCUCAUUUGAGAUAUUUCUUGGAUC